AAAAAAAACACUAAGUAUGCUCCUUUUCUUUCCAGUGAUCCAGCUAUCACAUGGCAUUGAGUUCAAUGUCACAAAAGAUGGAAAGUUAUGCCUCUAUGCCAAUCUGGAGCUCACAUUCUCGGUCACCUAUGAAGAUCUUGACAACCAGACUCAGACAGCUGUGUUUGCUUUAACUGAUGACGCCAAUUCAACUAAAAGUACAUGUGAUGCCAAGAACUCAAUGCUGAUGCUUAAUUUUGGAGAGGGUCACGCUUUCAGUAUAACCUUCUCCAAGAUUGAAGAAGUUUACGAGGCGGACGUAGUCACCUUUACCUACAAUCUCGGCGACCCUGUCCACUUCCCUAACUCUAAAUCAAAAGAACCUACUGUGGCAAGAGGGCUUCUUGACAUUAAAAACAUAGGCAUGGAUACCUGCUACUCGUGCAAAAGUGAGGACCUGAUCGAAAGUGGUGACGUCAACAUGACGCUGUGGGAUGUGCAAAUACAGGCUUUUAUCAGUGAUGGCAACAAGAGUUCUGAAAGUAAGUACGCGAGCUGUGACGCAGCUCAUCCUGGCUGUAGCGUUUUCCUUCAGUUUUCUGUUUCUAAACUUUUACAGGACACAAAGAAAUUCCGCCUGCAUGAUCUGAACAUCAGUGUCAGCACGAGCUCUGGUAAUUUUUCUGUGGAGAACUCCAGCCUCAAUCUGUGGGAGGCAUCCAUCGGCAGCUCCUACAUGUGUAACAAGGAGCAGACUUUCAACAUCACCGACACACUCUCCAUCCACACCUUCAGCCUGCAUGUGCAGCCCUUCGGAGUGAACAAAGGUGUUUUCAGUACAGCCCAUGAAUGUUCAGUGGACGACCCAAACAUCUUAGUCCCAAUCAUUGUUGGCGCUGCUCUGGCUGGCUUGAUUCUCAUUGUAGUGAUUGCUUACGUGAUUGGUCGAAGAAAGACUUACGUUGGAUAUCAGACUCUUUAAAUUCAUAUUGCAGUCGAUCUUGUGAUGUUAUGGGGGUUCCCAAGCCUGGUCCUUGGCCUUCAUGGUCUCACAUUCAGGAGUUGGUCUAAAACUAAAUCUACAGUUUUGUGAAAUGGCAUCAGUGUGGAGGGGACUAAAAUUUAUGGUCUGAUCAUUGAGGUGUAAAGUUUUGGUUAUUUCAUAAAGAUGCAGGAUUUUCUCUCAAGGACCAGACUUGUUUACCCCCCAAGUGUUUGUGCUGUCUUUUUGUUUUCCUCAUGUUUUUGUUUUCACCUGAAUGUCUUUU